CUGGAAACGGAGCCAACAUGGUCAUUUGCAGGCUGUUUCCUUGAUCCGAUGGCAAAGAAAAUGAUCCAAUGAUGUGAACUAUUCAGUAGGAAGAGCAAGAUAUGAAGCCCACCAGCAAAUCGAUGAUCGGGACAGUACAGUUGUGCCGAGAAACCCUCACACAUCUGGAGGCAAAAGACAUCUGUUCAUCGUUAAGGUCGCAUAAUUUACGGAUACUUUCGCUGCGGGAAUGUGAUGUCCAAGAUGAAGACUUUCACCAGUUGAUGCGGGGUGUCUCACGAUGCAAAUCAUUGCUUCAGUUGAACUUGAAUGUUGGAGUUGUGACCACUCCAGAUAGAGUUGCAAUGUUGGCUAAAGCCUUGAAUAAGAAUCGGUCUGUGACGGCCCUUUUUCUACAUGGUUCACCCCUUGGGGAUGAGAAUAUGGCAGUGUUAAUGAAGGCCCUAGCUGCCCACCCAAGCAUGAUAUCUCUCGACUUGGGCGACUGCGAACUAGGGGACUAUGGCCUUGAGAUGAUCUGUGAUCUCCUUCCACCAGAUGGUGCUAAAUCAGGUUUGAAGGAACUGAGCCUAAGUGGUAACCCUAGUAUCACAUCAAGAGGAUGGGCGAAGUUAUUUAUUGCCAUGUCGGCAAGCAGCUCCAUGAAGGCCAUGUACCUCGACUACAAUAGUCUCGGUAACUAUGGUGCUGGGUGUUUGGCUGUCGCGCUGGCAUCGUGUAAAACAGUGGAGAUAGUAGACUUGGAGUGCACUGGGAUAACUGAACAUGGAGCUCAGAUAAUUCUUCACCUGAUUCAGAACUUUCCAAACCGGCUGAAUAAUGUGAAUCUAACGGGCAACAAAAUAAAAGCGAGGACCUUAGAUAAGAUAACGCGUUGUCUGAUUGGUGGUUCUCCAGGUGAUAAAGGGGAUUCACCAGACUCGACUGGUAGGAUGUCUGAAUCAGACCAGGGGGAGCCACCUGUGACCCGGGAACAGGAUGAGCUCAAGUCAGAUGCGAUAUCGCUUUUGGUUGAUGCGUUGAAUCAGGAAGAUGGGUCGCGGAAGACAGUGCCUAUGGCACAGAAGCAAGAACAAGAAGGUAAGAAUGGGGAUGGGUCAGUCUCGGUAGAACCUGGGGAUGAGGAUGAAGAUGGGGAUGAGAUUGAAGCUGAACGCGCAAAUGUGAACUGUUCAGCGCCGCAGGAUUUGGAUGAGAGUGAUGAGAGUGGAAUGUCGUCUGCUGCAGGGACUGAUGAUGAGACUGACACUGAUGCAACAUUCAUUGUACACGAAGCUGAAGAAAUACAGAUGACAAACUCAGGACAUUUGGAAGAUACUGCAUCCGAGUUUUAUACGGAGUUGGAGAAAAAAGCUAAGGAACAAGAUUCUGAAGAAGAUGAUGUUGACGAGGGGAGUGGUGACCUGCUGAGAGAAGUGCCGGUGCCACAGCAAUAUGAUGUCAUUAGGACACAGAUUAUUGUAAACAGGGGAUCUAAUGGUAGUUACUGUAUGAUGCAUCAUUAGUGUAAAGGUUGGUUUCCACUGGGGGGGGGGAAACCACAGGUAAAUGCGGGGGGGGGAACCACACAGUUUUCCCAGGCGUUGAAUUAAAUUUCACUGUAUGAUAUUGUAUCUUGGGUAAACUGAUCCCGAAUGUAACUGAUCACAAAGGCUGUGUAGUGAUGGAAACCAUGAUGGUUUGCCGCUGUCGUGGAAUCAUCUUUUAAUGCUGGGUAUUCGUGUUCACUCAUCCUCAUUUGCCGUUUUCUCAAUCGGCUUCAGUUGGAAUUAAUCAAAACCUACAUUUAGAAUUUUCACAAUGUUAUAAACUGGGAGGGAAAUGUUAGAAUGUGAUUAGCAUGUACAUGUGGUAGUCUAUUGUCUAUUGCUGAGCAGGUCGUCCCUGAUAAUAUCCUUUGGAAUUUGGAUUAACACAUCAAUGAAUACUUAACAUUUCAAUGAAUAUAAUUAUCAUAUCAAUUGGGAAGGUUGUCGUGCAAUCUUGGUAUCACUUGUGCUUAAUGACUUCAUUUGUUUGCACUGGGGUAAAAGAGGACAUUGGCCUGAAAACUAUUAGUGAGGUGAAUUGGUACAGUUAAAGCCCCAGUACAAUUAUAGCACUUAUGAUAGUGUUGAAAAGAGCUGAAUGCAUACUGAGACUAUAAUUGUCCUGCUGCUGUAACUUUAUCACCUUGGCUUACAUAAACUUUUUUAUAUUGAUGAUAUUAGUGCAGAUUACAUAACUGCAAAAUCAUAAUUUUUGCCACCAAAAUGGCUUCAGGUCGUCUGCCAUCACUUGACUGAUAUUUGGACAGACCGGAGGCACCUUGACCUCGACAAAACUUUUGCUUCAAACCAAAACGAAAACAAACAAACUGUGCAAUAGGAGAUUCAAGUAUAGUAGAAGAGGUUUCUUGCCCACAAUUGUAACAUUGCCAUAGGAAUAAAUUAGUAUUUUACUUCUGGGGAAGCCCCCUCGUUUAGAAACAAUGAGAGUGCUCACUUUUGACCAAUUAGAUUUCUCAUUGGAGGUGACAAUACAGUUUCUUUAUGUCACUGACGCUGUUCGCAACUGAUCUCGCCAUAGGUCAUUCAGGGUUAAACAUAGAAAAGUUGAUUGGUUUUGGUGGAUCCCAUACAUAUUCAUGUCUUUGGUUUAAUUCAUAAUGAAUGAAUAAGUUUUUGAUGAAUAACAUUAGGCCACACACAUUUAAAACCUUGGAUAGGGUAACCGGAAAAACGCCGACCGACCGUCCGACCG